AAUACUUCAAGUUCUCUCCUGCCUGUACAGCUGGAAUUUCGGCUUGUCUUGUCUUCGUCGCAUGUUCCUUUUGUCAAACUUCAGACCAUUACCUUCUCAUCCUUAAACUCAAAAUUGUUCAUAUGUCGUGCGACGUUGUCAAGUCACCCCGCUUUUCGGCGCCAACAAAAGGCUCGACGACCGAGGGAAAGAAGCUUUUGAGGAACAGACGUAUAAAUGAUGAAAACACGUCCGAUGUGAUAAUCAAGUAUCACGAUGAUGAAACCAGUGUGGACCCUGUUCGUACUUGGUACGCGCAUCGCGAGAUCCUUACAGCAAGCUCGGGAUACUUUGCCAGAUGCCUGGAUAGCGAUUCGAGAUUUCAGGAGUCGGAGAAUAUGACAAUAUGUCUACGUGACGUUCACGGUGGGGAGGACGUAGUCAACUGCGUUCUGGAGUACAUGUACAGUCAGCUUUGGAAUCCUGACGACGUCUCUCCUUUAUGGAGUAUCACUCAGAGUGUCCAAAUCUACUUCUUCGCAGAUUACCUCGACAUCGGAGAUCCCAGACUGCUUUCUUUCGCAGAGAAACGCCUUAGGUCUCUAGCGGAUUUGCGCUUGUAUUAUGAGGGCAAAUCACCCUCGCUGAUCCAUGAAUUGCCAUCGCUUAUCGAUGUCCUUUAUUGCUCAGACUAUCAAGACCACCGCGCAAUCCGAAGAUUUAAACAUCACGUACGCAGUGCAUUGAUCGCGAGGACCAGCGAAUUUCAAGGAGACAUCGUCAGGAAACGCGGCACAGUGUGGGAUCUUGUCAAUUCUUGCGCAGCGUUCGGAGCAGACGUGAGCUACGCGCUUGCUGAAGUGCUUCGGGGGAGCCAACGCGCGGAACGCCACGAGCGAUAUCAAUAUAGCCGUAUCUGGCGCCGGAUGACAGCAUUACAGCGACUCCCCUUCGAGGAGAUAAGUUGGGAAGGCGGAAAACGUGGUUCUAAUAUUUUGGACUACCAGCGGGUGCCGAUUGCGGGCCAAACCGAAUAUCUUUGUCCGAAUGAGGAUUGUGCUGGCUAUUUCACGCACGAGGAUAUUUCCAUACAUCGCUACCCGAAUGUGCCUUUUGCUGACUCUCUCACGCACGAGGAUAUUUUGGCAGCUGAAAGAGUUCAUGUGUCAUGCCCGUGGUGCCAGAAAACGUAUGCAGGGGUUACCUGGGCAAAGAACAAGGCUUCAGACGUGUCCAAGCUCGUCCGGCCGCAUUUUCGAGGAUGAGAAUGUAGCGAUAUAGUUCCUUGGAAAUUAGCAGGCUGUGUCCGGAGAGGGAUGAAGGCAAAGUGCAUUGGAGGUUCUCGGAUUAGCACAUUUGUAAAAAAUCUGGGUCUUGAUGACUUUGCGCGACUUGAAUAUUUUGAGCAUCGAACUGUCCAUGGCAAGAUAUGGAAAGGGAUCUUUUUCAUCUUUUGACUCACCGCUUGAGGUUUGAGAGUCUUGAUCAUAUCUAAGCGCCUUGCUCACAACUUUGCGAUCUUAAAUGUCGUCACCGCAAGAAGUGCCGUGUAAGGUAAAGGUGG